AGCUCAGGAUUCAGUAUCGCGCUUCAACUUCAACAUGAAUACCGGUGAAUCAGUCCCACCGGUAUAAAGAUCUAACUGUCGUCAUCAGUUAAAGCAAGGCGAUACUCCAACACAACUCCCCUUCACUAUCCGCUUGCCAGCCCAAUGAAUCUGGCAUGUGGUAUGUACAUGGCUCGGCUAAUGGUCCCGGUACGAAUGGAGAGAACAGACCGCAAUGGUCCACCCGGGCAUCUCUUUGAUCUCCAGUACGGUACUGUAUCUUUUGGAUCUUAUCUUGUGAAAAGCCGUGUCCAGCAACCAAACAGGCUCUCCGAUGACUGAUCUCAUCAUGGGGCUGGUGAUGAUCAAUUCGUAGAAGAUCCAUAACCAUCGAGAAAAAGAGGCAGAACAUCCCAUUUCGCUUCCAUAAAUUUAUUUGACGACGAUGAUGAUGAUGAUGAACAAGGUCUUUCUUUUCAUGGCUCUCUGCUUGGCCCUUGCUUCGGCAGCCCCGCCUGAUGUGAAGGAGGACUGUAAGGGAUGGGCGGAAUCUGGCGAAUGUGAUACCAACGCUGGCUACAUGUUGAUGAAUUGCGCUACGUCAUGCGACAAAAUUCACAAGGCUCAACUGGCGGAUGAAAAAGAAGUCGAAGGAAUCGCCUCGUUCUUUGAUCUGGAAGCCAAGGAUAUCCAUGGCAAGACCUUCAAGUUUGAACAACUCCGUGGAAAGGUUACCAUUCUCACCAACGUGGCCAGUCAAUGCGGCUUUACCGAGUCUCAUUACAAUGGUCUCAUCGAACUUUGGAGCAAAGUGAAAGAGGAAAACGUGGAGAUUUUGGCAUUCCCCUGCAAUCAAUUUGGAAAUCAAGAGCCCGAUGCGGAACCCGAAAUCUUGAAAUUCGCCGAAGAAAAGGGAGUGGAGUUUAGGAUGAUGUCCAAGGUUGAUGUCAAUGGCGUCAAUGCUUCCUUGGUGUACAAGUAUCUCAAGAAGAAUGUUGGUCCUAUCUCUAUCCGAUGGAACUUUGGAACAUACUAUGUGAUCAGCCCUGACGGAGUUAUCACAGAACACAGCGCCGUGCAGCCCAUGGAUCUCUUCAAAACCACUAUGGAUCUCUUGAAAGGAGACGAAUUGUAGUUUCGGCUGCCAAAAUUGUAGGCAUCUCUAAUUAACUAAAAUGAUUGACGAGUGACAGUCCAUGAAGGACGUACUUCUUUGAUUCAUCCAUUGUCUGUUGGUGUAGACUCGAUCCGCGGAUCUCUUUUGCAACCCUCCUCACCAGUGCCGUGGGAACUCAUGGAGUUGCUGUUGCCGUACGCCAUCAGCUUUACACGUCAACGAGCGUACGUACCGGAUCUCUAUUUCUUCUUAGUCUCGUGGCAGGAAGUGGCUCCUUUUUUGGUUGCAGUCUACUCGGGGGAUGGGCAAAUGUUGCUAUAGCGCUGUAGUGUACUCUAGUGGAUACCGGAGCAAUGGAUAGUGGUGUUAAUUCAUGCAGCUUUAUGCAGUCUAUCUUGUCUUGCAAUACUCUCGUUUAUCACUGUCUGUGUCUGUCGCCCACGAUGCGGAGCCAAGCUGAUGCUCCACUUGCACGUAC